UCGAAAAAAAUAUUAAAAAAUUAUUCAAAAUCUUUUUUUUAUUUUUUUAUUAUGUAGAAUUUUUUAUGUAAAUUUUUAAAAUUUUUCUCUAAUUUUAAAUUAAUUUUAAAUUAAUUUUUUUAGUGAAUUACCUACUAUAGCAGGUCAUCGGGUUGCCCAAGUUUACUCUAGGCAAAUACCCUUAAAAUUGGGAUUAUUCAUGAUUAAUCAAUAGGUGGGAUUAUUGUAGAAAAAUCAUAAAAAUGUUGGAUAAUUCUAAGUAAUUUUUCCAAAAAAAAUAUCUAAAGGUAAUUAUUGGAGCUUAAUUAACUCUAAUAAUUAAAUUGCAAAAAGACAAAAAAUAUUAUUAAAUUUCACCAUAUCUUAUCAUAUUAAGAGAUAUUCUCAAUAAUAGUUACCCAAUUCUUUUUUUUGCCACCCUUUCUAUUUAAUCGUCAUCCCUAUUUUAAAUUAAUUUAAUAAGAGGGGAUCCCCAUGAGAGAGGGGUUACGUGUUCUGUAAGGCGAGUCAGGCAGGAACAGGCGGUCAGACAUAGUCAAGCCCAACCUUCGAGUACCCUAGACCAUGUGCGUAGUCGCUUUGAGCACCAGACUAGCACGCGUAGUAAUACGGUCGGCUCAGGUGAUGAUGAUACUGAUUACGACGAGUCUAUCAGUCGGGAAGAGUCUGUCGGGCAUCCUGUUAUUGGACGCUCGUCAGAGGGCAUGCCGGUCAAUUUAAGAUUAGAGGGCAUGGCACGGCUGACACUUCUGAUCACACAGGAGUCAGCCAGGUUGAGGAUGCGGCUCCACGGGGAGGAGGUGCUCACAGUCUGCGGAUAUGGACUGGUUGAUCACAUCACCCCAGCCCGGGGGCCCUGUUGACACCAGUUUAAUACCCAGCUACGGUGGGCACGUAGCGAAGGUUAUAUUUGAGGGAUUGAAGCGCACGCCUCCGAUUUUGGAUUGUCGCCCUAGGAAGAGGACGUUGGAGGUGAUCAUCAGACUGCAGGACAUGUCUGAUGAGCUGUACGGGGUGUUACCUGCCACUCCUCUACGUCGUCUUCCGUACAUAAUGCAACAUCACAUUGAUAGUGCUCUUAUUACGACCUUUGUGGAGAGGUGGUAGCCUGAUACCAACACCUUCCACAUGCCAUGGGAGGAGAUGACCAUAAUGUUGCACGACGCGCAACGCAUUUUAGGAGUUGGCAUUGACGUUUCACUUCCUGCUGAACCUGUUGAUGGUGACUGGAAGCUUAGCCUGGCCGGUCUGUUUGGGAAUGAUCUCGGAGCUGCGUAAGAAGGGGUACUUCACCGUUCUCAGUCUCUGGAGACUCAGACUACUGCGUAUUACAUGGCUUAAUGGGUUCCACGCUGCUGGUGGAUAAGACUAGAGUCGGGAGCCUCACCCUAUACUUGCUGUGACUGCUGAUCAGGAUGAGAUUGCUUGGGGUGCAGUGACGUUGGCUAAUAUGUAUCGCCAACUGGGUAUGGGGACAAGGACUGGGUGCAGGACUAUUGUUGGUUGUCUGACACUGUUGUAGACAUGGAUUUACAAGUACUUCCCAUCCUUCCACCCCCAUCCUCGUCAAGCUGAUAUGCCUAACAAGACUAGGGCGGAGAUGUGGUCCCCGCAGAAGCCAAUUCGUGAGCUGAGCAGACUGAGAGACUGUAGGAGUAUACUGGACUCUAUGACAGAGACACAGGUGGAAUGGACUCAUUACAUGACUUCUCCUAGUGCUUUAUUGAACGAGCACCCACGCACCACCUAUAUCGGGGGUAUCACCUGUAUUGAUAUCGUGGAGGUGUAUUUGCCUGAGAGGACAGUCAGACAGCUUGGUUUUGUACAGGCGAUUCCCCCCCUCCCCCCGUUGAGACCUACCCAAGCUCUGCAACCAGCACAAGGUUCCUAUUUAGUGACAUUCGCUUCUCCGUCUAUGCACACGAAGAUGUGGAGUUGGUUCCCCUAUUGUGCCCGUGUUGGUGAUCAGGCACUACGUCGAGCAUCUGUUCCAUCAGAGGCUGUCCCUGAGUAUAUCGACUGGUUUAGAGUGUCUUCCCACACAUUUCUCAUCCCCGGUGAAGGACCUACUGCUGCGUUUGGUGCAGCGGAUAACAGAGUUGAAUACUUUGCAGCUGAAUUUCCAACUCGACUCGCGCCAUUGCUCAGGAUGCCAGCUGUUGUUAAUAUGACGCCUCGGGAAAGAGAGGCUGCUGAUUUGUAUUGGAUGAACUUAGAGAUUUGUUUGCCGAAUGGCAAGGGUUUAGAGAGCACAACCCUUUAUAGACAUUUAUGUUUGUAUUGAUGAAGAAUUUGUCUUAUUACGCGUUGCGUUUGAUUCACUAACAUAUUUAUUCACGAACUUAAUUAUGGAAUGAAUACUAUAAAUACAAUUACUACAAUGAAUACAAUUAAUAAAAUAAAAACACUAAGUACAAUCAGUACAAUAAAUACAAUCAAUACGCAGGCUACACAACAUUGUAUUAUGGAGUAUCUAACUUAACUGCAUCUUUGGUGGUGUUAUUAUUUUGUGGUCGUUGUACGCCGCACAGUCUAUUCCAAAGUGAUAUCCUGUUGCGAUAUUGUCUCUCUAAAUCUCUACAUGAAUUGUUAGCUGUUGCGCUCCAAUUUUAUUGGACUGUUGGCAGUGGAGAUGAAUCAUCAUUCAUUAAAAGCUGAACAUAAUGAUUCCCGUUCACCCAAAGAAUAUGUACAAGUUUAUUAACGCCAUGAAUUCCCCCUGUUCUCCUUACCGGAAGCACUAAACAAUUAUACAUUGGAUUACCAUCGGUAGAACCAUAAUACGCAAUUGCAAUGUUGAGAAACGUUGCUGCAGAAUACAAUGCUGUCAUUUCCAUCCAGUGACUGUACGGGGCAGGUCCUUUGCUAUGGGCACCAAUUUUGUAUAUAGCAUUCUCCACCAACUUUGCUGAUAGAUACACGCGUGCAUAUUGAUCUCUAUGCGUAUCCAUUUCCAAACUCAUUGCACGUCGUAAAAGAGGCCAUGCCUCCGCACCCCCUAACUUUGCGACGACAGUAGCUCUAAAUCCACAGUUUCCGUCAAUCCAAUCAAACAGGUACGGCGGAAGAAUAUAUGGAAUGUGAUUUGGCCACGGAAAAAGUGAAAAAUCGCGACCUGCUGAACCAUCUGAAAAAAAUAACAGUAUAUUAAUAUCAUUCAGUUGAUCUAAAACAUAUAUGAUUAUAGGAAAGGAAAUA